GGUGGCUUGGACAAAGGUGGUCAAGUAUGGGGUAGGUAGGUAUCUACCCCACCAUGACGCAAGGCGGGGAGCAACCCGCAAGGUACAUUGCUGUUUGGGGACGGGUGUCUUGUCGUCACCAUCAGAUUUCAGAUCGGGGAUGUAGUAGCUGAUGCGCUGACUGACUGACUGCCCGAUAAAACAUAAUAACGAGUUUCUUAUUUUUUGCGCCAAAAGGGUUGAGGAUAUCGUCAACAUUACACACGAUUGACUGGCUGAGAGAAGAUGGCGGAACGGGACCUGAUACUACCCAAACGGGUUUCGUUUGAUGAUACGCGGCAACAUGAGAGCUCGAGUGAUGAUGGGGAUGCUGUUGAGAAAAAGGUCUCCUUCGACCCAUCAAACCCCUACCGUCGAAAAUCCUCCCUCGUCACCUCCUCCCGCUCUCACAUCUCCCCGGGUGUUAUCCAGCGCAUCCACCAACAGCAACAGUCUAAUCCUAACCAUAGAUGCCCCCGCCGACAACAAUCAAAGCCGGAAUGCCUAGUUCAUCAAUUUCUCGAAUCCCACAAACUCAACCUUGAUGACACGGCACCACAGCCAGCAGCGGACGAGGAUGUAGAGGUGGAGGAUGUCUCCUCUUCGUCUGGGCUGAAUGAAGUGGUCGACUCCAAAACCGCAAUCCCAGUUAAUAAACCCCCCAAGCGACGCCCACAACCACAACCCUCCCCCGAGGCAAAGUGCCAACUCCUAUCCGCCACCGAAGACGACGAGCCCGCCACUGACGAAGGGCAGCCAGACCAGACGAUAUGGCAGAGGGAGAUGUUGGCUAUGCCGAGGACUACUUCCUCUUUAUCACUUUCCCUCUCCUCCCCUAAUCCUGAGGACAAUCACGAGUUCCUCAACUCGAGGCUGCUGACGAAAAAGCAAUUGUCGGAUAUGGCCUGGGGGGUGAGGCAGCUGUCUAGGAGACUGGGGUCUGUCCGCCUGAAGUUCAAAGUCAAGAAUGUUUUUCUCUUGACAAAGAUUUAUGACAAGGAUCUGGUGGAUAAGACGAGGGAGUUGGUGAAGUGGCUGCUUGAUGAGGAGCACAGGGGGGAGAGGUAUGUCGUGUUUGUGGAUUCUGCGUUGGAACAGAAUAAGAGGUUUGACAAGGAGGGUUUGCUGAGGGAGAUUGCUGGGGACAGAAAAGAGGAUGGGGACGUGAGGGGGCGGUUGAGGUUUUGGAAUGAGGACAUGUGCAGACGGAGGGCGAAUAUGUUUGAUUUUGUGGUUACGCUGGGGGGGGAUGGGACGGUGUUGUAUGCUAGUUGGUUGUUUCAGAGGAUUGUUCCGCCGGUGCUGUCUUUUGCGUUGGGGAGUCUGGGGUUCCUGACAAAGUUUGACUUUGAGGAUCAUGAGGAGAUAUUGGGGGGCGCGUUUGAGGAGGGGGUGACGGUUAGUUUGAGGUUGAGGUUCGAGGGGACGGUGAUGAGGAGUAUUCCGCGGAGGCAGAUAACCGAGGGGGAGGAUGGGGAGGAGGACGGGGAGAGGGAUUUGGUGGAGGAGCUGGUUGGGGAGGAGAAGGAUGAUGAGAGGACGCAUAGGCCAGAUGGGACGUGGGAGGUGCUGAACGAGCUGGUGGUGGAUCGGGGGCCGAAUCCUACAAUGUCCAACAUUGAAAUAUUUGGCGACGACGAGCACUUCACCUCUGUCUCUGCGGACGGGGUGUGUGUUUCCACACCUACGGGUUCGACAGCGUAUAACCUCGCGGCAGGGGGGUCGCUUUGCCACCCUGAGAAUCCCGUCAUGUUGGUCACGCCCAUUUGUGCUCAUACACUGUCUUUUAGGCCGAUUAUCCUGCCUGAUACGAUUGUGCUCAGGAUAGGGGUGCCGUUUAAUGCCCGGACGAGCUCCUGGGCGAGCUUUGAUGGGCGGGAGAGGGUGGAACUGAGGCCGGGGGAUUACGUGACGAUUAGUGCGAGCAGGUUCCCCUUUGCGUGCGUGCAGCCUCAUAGACCGCAUGGGAGGCGGUCGGGGGAUUGGAUCAACAGCAUCAGUGCCAAGUUGGGGUGGAAUACGAGGCAGGCGAGGCAGAAGCCGAUGAAGGGGUGGGAGGGUUCUUAG